AUGGACCCUUGCACCUCGUACGAUGUACAUGUGGAGGCAUUUCGAGGUGCAGUCAGCAUUUUGUCUUACGUCGGAACAAUUGAAACACCACCCACUGUCUUCCAUAGUGCGGAGGAUACAUCAGUCGCCAUUCAUUCGGUGCCAACUAACAUUAACAAUGCGACAUCGGAUAGUGGUUAA